UCAAUGCUGAAGUUCUUGCAAAUGUUGGGAUCAUAUACUAUGCAUUCCUAAGUGGUUUGGAGAUGAACUUGGAUACUAUUUUACAUGUUAAGAAGAAAGGUGCAACCAUUGCGAUUUGCGGGAUCGUCUUUCCAAUGGUGAUGGGACCGGCUUUAUACACUCUACAUCGAAAGGUUUAUGCCGAUGGUGAUGGAGCAUUACUUGAAGAAACUACAAUGAAUGCUUAUGUAUUAUGGACUUUAGUUCUUACUGUCACUGGUUUUCCUGUUAUAGCUCAUACCCUUACUGAGUUGAAGCUUCUUUAUACUGGUCUUGGUAAGGCUGCAUUAACAGCAUCUAUGAUCAGUGACACAUAUGCUUGGAUUUUAUUCACAUUAUUUGUUCCAUUUUCGAUCAAUGGUGCAAUGGCAAUAUAUUCAGUGUUAAGCACCAUGUUAUUUGCUAUCAUUUGCAUCUUUGUGGUGCGUCCGAUCGUUGUAAAAGUCAUUGAUCGCAAGAUGGAAAGGGAUGAAUGGGAUGAGGGACAAUUGCUCUAUGUGAUUAUGGGGCUUUUUCUUUGUGCACACAUAACAGAUGUUCUUGGCACACAUGACAUUGUUGGGGCUUUUAUUUUUGGGUUGAUUUUACCUCAUGGUAAAUUUGCUGACAUGGUAGCCUCAUACACUGACGAUUUUGGCAGCGCAAUGUUGGCGCCACUGUUCUUUAGUGGCAGUGGAAUGAGACUCAUGGUGAAAGCCAUCUUCUACCAGCCAAAUUGGCCCUAUACACUUCUGGUUAUAUUAUUGUUGUGUGUUCCAAAGAUUUUAAGCACUUUGUGUGCCACAUUCUUUUUUGGCAUGCAUGCUAAAGAUGGUUUUGCUCUAGGAAUGCUUCUCAAUACAAAGGGUGCCAUUGCAUUGAUAAUGCUCAACACUGCUUGGGAUAGAUCAAUUCUUUCUAUACCAAGCUAUGCUGUUUUAACCUCUGCAGUCCUUUUAAUGACUGUAGUGGUGUCUCCCGCAAUCAAUGCCAUAUACAAGCCUAGAAAGAGAUUCGAGCAGAACAAGCUAAAGACUAUACAAAAGCUAAGGCUUGAUGCAGAGCUCAGGGUCCUAGCAUGUGUUCACAAUAAUCGCCAGGCCACAGGCAUUAUCAGCCUCAUUGAAACUUUCAAUGCCACUAGACUUUCACCUAUACAUGUUUUUGCACUUUACCUGGUUGAACUCACAGGACGUACGGCUACGGUUGUUGCUGCUCAUAUGGAGAAGCUUAAUAGCCAACCUGGAGCACAAAAUCUUACAAGAACCCAGAUAGAGCUAGAAAACAUUAAGAAUACCUUUGAAGCAUUUGGAGAUGCAUAUGAUGCUAUCAGGGUUCAAACCUUAAAUGUUGUGUCAACCUAUGCAACCGUUCACGAGGACAUAUACAACUCGGCUAAUGAAAAGCGCACAAGCUUGAUUAUCCUUCCAUUCCACAAACAACUAAAUUCAGAAGGUGCACUUGAAACAACCCAUGUAUCUUACAGAGAUAUAAACCUGAAUGUGAUGCAAAGUGCACCUUGCUCUGUGGGAAUCUAUGUUGACCGUGAUCUUGGGUCAUUACCGAAAAUGAACUUUCGUAUUCUUAUGAUUUUUGUUGGAGGUCCUGACGACCGGGAGGCGUUAGCUGUUGCAUGGAGGAUGGCGGGGCACCCAGGAACCCGAUUAUCAGUGGUUCGGAUGCUCCUGUUUGAUGAAGCUGCAGAAGUAGACACCUCAAGUCAUGCUGAAGCACAAGGGAUACUAUUUGUUGUAAUGGAUAGUGAGAAGCAGAGAGAGUUAGAUGAUGAGUGUGUGAAUUCAUUUAGACUAACGGCGGUAAAUAACGAUGAUUCUAUAACCUAUUCAGAGGUUGAUGUCCAUUCAGGUGAAGAUAUUCCCGCAGCCCUCGAUGAGCUAGAGAAAUUUGGUUGUGAUUUAUACAUAGUUGGACAAGGAAAUCGUAGGAACUCUCGGGUCUUUUCAAGUUUACUGGACUGGUCCGACUGUCCAGAACUUGGAGUUAUAGGAGAUAUUUUGGCAUCACAAAAUUUUGGUUCAGGCUCAUGUGUGUUAGUUGUGCAACAAUAUGGGUAUGGAGGAAUGGUUUUGGGAAAGCAAUCCAACAAUGUGACUUGCGAUGGUUUUAAGUCACUUGUCGUGAAGACAGAAUAAGAAUAAUGGUUGGUGAAGAACUGACCUGCACACUGUGAAAGGCUUGCUUAGUUUGCUAACAAAAUUCAAGCAACUUUGAGAUGAUACUAAAUUUUGUUUUGUAUUUAGAUUUGGCACCCCGAGAGUUGAUUAGAGGAUGC